UCAGCCUGGGCCUGCCAAAGGAAUCAGUCAUGGGUGUUCUGCUGCCAAUACUACUUGCCUUGUUCGCGGCUCUGAUCGGAGGGCUGUAUCUUCUCGGGGUCUUUCGACAACGGCGACCAGGAGAACCCCCUCUUGACAAAGGGUGCAUUCCGUGGCUGGGUCAUGUUCUUGAAUUUCGCAGGGACACUCUUAAGUUCCUAGAGAGGAUGAAGCAGCAGUACGGUGAUGUAUUCACAGUGCAGCUGGGAGGCUUUUAUUUUACAUUCCUUCAGGACCCUCUGUCGUUUGGGGCUUUUGUGAAAGAGAGUCGAGAAAAACUGGACUUUAAUAAGUUUGCCAGACACCUGGUGCACAGAGUGUUUGGUUACGUCGCUAUUGAGGGUCAUCACCAAGUCCUCCAGACAUCCAGCAACAAGCAUCUUAAAGGGGAUGGCCUGGAGGUAAUGACACAAGCCAUGACAAGUAAUUUACAGAACCUGAUGUUGCACAACGUUGGCUCAGCUGCAGACCAAAGAACCUGGGUAGAAGAUGGACUGUUUAUGUACAGCUACAACAUUGUUUUUAGAGCCGGCUAUUUGUCCCUCUAUGGCAAUGCACCACACAAGUCAGAAGGAGGUGAGGAGAAAGCCAAAGAGAGAGACAGAGCUGAAUCAGAUGCCUUGUUUUCCGAGUUUCGGAAAUAUGACCAACUUUUCCCCAACCUGGCUUACGGGGUCCUGCCACCAAGGCAGAAGAUGGAAGCAGAACGGUUGAAGUCACUCUUCUGGGACACUCUGGCAGUGCAGAAGGUGAAGACCAGGGACAACAUCGGUGGCUGGGUGUGGGACAUGCAGCAGGCCUUAGAUGAGAAAGGUGUGGAGGAGUCAAUGAUAGACAGGUAUAUGCUUGUGCUUCUUUGGGCCUCUCAGGGUAACACAGGGCCUUCUGCAUUCUGGCUGCUCCUCUUCCUCAUGAAACACCCAGAGGCCAUGACAGCAGUGAGGGAAGAGGUAGAUAAAGUCCUGAAGGAAUCUGGCCAGGAAGUCCAGCAUGGCGGCCCCUUAAUCAACCUGACCCGUCAAAUGCUGAUGAAAACCCCAAUCUUGGACAGCGCUGUAGAAGAGACCCUCCGACUCACCGCUGCACCCCUCCUCACCCGGGCAGUGCUUCAGGAUCUCACCCUCAAGAUGGCUGAUGGCCGCGAAUACCUGAUUCGCAAGGGCGAUAGAAUGUCAGUUUUUCCCUACAGUGCUGUUCAUCUCGACCCCGAAGUCCAUCCUGAUCCACAUUCCUUCAAAUAUGACCGCUUCCUGAAUCCAGAUGGGAGCAAGAAAACUGAUUUUUACAAAGGAGGGAAAAGGGUGAAGUAUUACAACAUGCCCUGGGGUGCUGGAGUCUCCAUGUGUCCUGGGCGCUUCUUUGCCACCAAUGAGUUGAAGCAGUUUGUUUUCCUCAUGUUAGUCUAUUUUGAGUUUGAGCUGAAGAAUCCUGAGGAGAAGAUUCCUGAAAUUGACUUCAAGCGAUGGGGCUUUGGAUCCAUGCAGCCCGUCAGAGAUGUUCAGUUUCAAUACAGACUCAAAUAUUAGACCCGUCAGAUGAAACAUUUUCAGAUUUUGAUCCUCUCUGGAAGCAUUUGUUCCACUUUUGCAUUUCUUGUAAACAUGAUAUUACAUAAUUAAGCUCUUUUUUCAUAGCAGUUAUGUGAUGCAAAAUGAAAGUAGCUUCAAAAUGACAUGCAAGUUUGUUGGAAUAUAGCUAAAUUAUUAAUCAUAUUCUACCUACUAUGAUCUGCCACCUUCAAGUGAUGAUAUAUUCAGAUGCGCUACUAUUUUCUCUUACUUGAACAGUUUAUGUACAUCACUCUAUCUUUCAUCUGCUUGGUAAUCUUAGAUCUCAGAGUACUGUAAUCCAGUCAACAAUAAUUUUAGUAGUCUUUAUAGAAACAAAUACAAUUUAAAUGUGAAUAUUGUGCAAAUUUUGUGUGCUUCUUCAACUGCUUUUUUUCUAAAACGAUAAUUGCAACAAGUGAUGCCACAUGUCCACUUACACAGUGACGCACUGUGAAAUGUCAGUGUCUUGUAAGUGGAGCAACAUGUAGUGGUAGUCUAAUUGUGUUAUGCUCAUCAGUUCCAUUCUCUAUUUGCAAAAUAAAUGAGAAAAUCAGACAAUGAAAUCAAAUGU